CGAGGCUCCAUCGCGGAAGAUAACGAGUCAUCAAGCGAAGAACAGAGAACUGCUCGCGUAGCCGAAAGUUCGUGAGAUGGUUGGCGGCCGAUAUGACCGGCAAAUUCGGAUCUGGGGCGAGCACGGGCAAAAAAAGCUCGAAGAGAGCAAAGUAUGUCUAUUGAAUUGUGGGCCCACAGGAUGCGAAACUGUUAAAAAUCUUGUGCUUGGAGGGAUUGCCUCCUUUACCUUAGUAGACAAAGAUACGGUGAAGCCACGUGACUUGGGGAACAAUUUCAUGCUUAGCACAACAGAUGUUGGGGAGAGCAGGGCAAAGGCCGUCGCCGCCCACCUGAAAGAGUUGAAUGCUGCUGUCGUUGGGUCGUUCAUAGAUGAAGAUCCAGAAGACAUCGUAACUGACAAUCCCGAUUUCUUUCAUGAUUUUACCAUCGUAAUCGCAACCCAGAUGCCCAUGAGGACACUGAUGGCUCUAGACUCUGUAUGUCGGAAGCAAAACAUCAUCAUGAUCGUGAUGCGAUCCUUCGGAUUCAUCGGCACCUUACGACUUUGUAUCAGAGAGCAUGUGAUAACUGAUACAAACCCAGGGGACAAUAUUCAUGAUCUCGGAUUGACACAACCUUGGCCAGAGCUCUGUAAUUUUGUGUCUCAAUUCGAACUUGAUACUCUUGACGGCGUUGCCUUUAAGGGUGUGCCGUUUAUUGUCUUACUUCUGCAAGCAUGCGACAAGUGGCGAGCAGAACAUGAUAGUAAACUUCCGAGCAACACACGUGAACAAGCUGCCUUUAAGCACAUGCUAUCUGCUAUGCGCAGAACGCAUGAUGAAGAAAACUUCCAGGAAGCGCUUAAUGCAGUUCGGCAUGUUUGUAAACCGAAGUCACUAUCACCCACUCUUGUCAAGGUACUCGAAGAAUUAGCUUCUAAAAAUCUUUGUCAGUCUACUCCGAUUUUUUGGUUCAAAAUUUCCGGUAUUUCCGCGUUUUUGGCAAAGAGCGGCGGUAUGAUGCCUCUUGUUGGAAGCAUACCAGACAUGACAUGUACGACAGAUUGUUAUGUGACAUUGCAGCGAAUAUACCAAGAAAAGGCAGCUUCAGAUGCCAAAGUUGUGGAACAUUACGUCCAGGAGGCCCUCGUGCGUGCCGGUCGACAGAGGGAUGAGAUUACUGCCGAUGAAGUCCGUACUUUUUGCAGGUAUGCAUCCAAUGCCGCAUUCUUACGCUGGCGCCCUUUGGCUUUGGAUAGCAGCUUGGUACGUGAGGAUAAGAUCAAGUCAACGUCGCAGGGAGCGUGGGACUAUCCAUUGUCUACUUUGACAUAUUUGGUCCUGGUGUGUGCUUCAGAUGCUUUCUUUGAUAGAUAUGGACGGUUGCCUGGCACGGCAAUUGAUGCCGUGCGCGGCUCGAAGGACGAUUUCAUCAAAUUGAAGACGAUUGCCGACGAAAUACUCGGCGACCAUAAUCUGAAUGGUCACCUCUUAGAUAAUCUUAUAUGCGAAACAGUGAGAGGUGGUGGUGGGGAAUUGCAUGCAGUGGCGAGCGUCCUUGGGGCAAUCGGCUCGCAAGAAAUCAUAAAGUUGGUUACAAAACAAUUUGUGCCAUGCGAGAAGACUCUAAUUUACAAUUGUGUAGAAUGUACAACAAUGACUUGUUGA